CUUUAUCUCUUGCUUUUCCUUUAUCUCUCUCAAAACCCUACUUUAUUCUCUCCUUCCCUCGAAUUCACCUCUAAAAGGAAGACGAUCCCCCACCCGAUCCUCUUUGUGUUCACAACCUCUCUCUCUCUCUCUCUCUCUCUCUCUCUCUCUCUCUCUCUCUCUCUCUCUCUCUUCAUGAAUAUCACCAACUGAACAAGUUGGACAUAAACCGUAGUAUCCGACAUGGGUUCGCCAUCCGAACUAAGCCUAGAUUUCAAGCCAAACAGCUUCUCCUUGCUUCUAAAGUCGUUCGGGGAUCAACCGGACCAGACCCAGAAGAUGGAAGAGGUCCUGGCCUGCCUCGAAGCAGAACGGCACAAGAUCGACGCGUUCAAACGCGAGCUACCGCUUUGCAUGAAACUCCUCAAUGAUGCCAUGGAGGCAUAUAGACAGCAACUAGAGAGUUACCAAACAAACCAAGGAUCGAGACCCGUCCUUGAAGAAUUCAUGCCUCUUAAACAUCCAAGCUCUGAAGAGUCGGACAAGGCGUCGAACAUGUCUGAGAAGGCGAACUGGCUGACAUCUAUGCAGCUUUGGAGCCAAGCAAAGGAUGGGAGCAAGCACCAACCUGCAAUGAGCACAUCACCGAAAGGGAUGGAGCAUGGUUUCAGUGAUGGUCCAAAGCUUGCUUUGGACAGCAAACAAAGAAAUGGAGGAGCUUUUCUUCCAUUCUCAAAAGAAAGGAACAUGUGUGCUAGUUCCACCAUACCAGCUCUUCCCGAUUUAGCACUCGCUUCUAUCGGCAAAGAUAAUGAAGAGAAGAAAUGCUUAGAAUCUGGGAAUGGAAUGUCAUGCCCAAGGAGAGAAAACUGCAACAAGGGUGCCGGCGGUGCGACGAUAGAGCAUGGAAGGGGAACUACGAAUACCGCCGACGGUCAGGCAGCCACAUCACAGACUCAAAGGAAAGCAAGGAGGUGUUGGUCACCAGAUCUGCACCGUAGAUUUGUUAUUGCUCUUCAGAUGUUAGGAGGCUCUCAAGUAUCCGACAUGGGUUCGCCAUCCGAACUAAGCCUAGAUUUCAAGCCAAACAGCUUCUCCUUGCUUCUAAAGUCGUUCGGGGAUCAACCGGACCAGACCCAGAAGAUGGAAGACGUCCUGGCCUGCCUCGAAGCAGAACGGCACAAGAUCGACGCGUUCAAACGCGAGCUACCGCUUUGCAUGAAACUCCUCAAUGAUGCCAUGGAGGCAUAUAGACAGCAACUAGAGAGUUACCAAACAAACCAAGGAUCGAGACCCGUCCUUGAAGAAUUCAUGCCUCUUAAACAUCCAAGCUCUGAAGAGUUGGACAAGGCGUCGAACAUGUCUGAGAAGGCGAACUGGCUGACAUCUAUGCAGCUUUGGAGCCAAGCAAACGAUGGGAGCAAGCACCAACCUGCAAUGAGCACAUCACCGAAAGGGAUGGAGCAUGGUUUCAGUGAUGGUCCAAAGCUUGCUUUGGACAGCAAACAAAGAAAUGGAGGAGCUUUUCUUCCAUUCUCAAAAGAAAGGAACAUGUGUGCUAGUUCCACCAUACCAGCUCUUCCCGAUUUAGCACUCGCUUCUAUCGACAAAGAUAAUGAAGAGAAGAAAUGCUUAGAAUCUGGGAAUGGAAUGUCAUGCCCAAGGAGAGAAAACUGCAACAAGGCUGCUGGCGGUGCGACGAUAGAGCAUGGAAGGGGAACGACGAAUACCGCCGAGGGUCAGGCAGCCACAUCACAGACUCAAAGGAAAGCAAGGAGGUGUUGGUCACCAGAUCUGCACCGUAGAUUUGUUAAUGCUCUUCAGAUGUUGGGAGGCUCUCAAGUGGCCACUCCAAAACAAAUAAGGGAGUUGAUGAAGGUUGAUGGACUAACCAAUGAUGAAGUGAAGAGCCAUUUGCAGAAAUAUCGACUCCACACCCGAAGGCCGGGUCCCACUCCAUCAGCUCCCGCCCCACCCACACCACAGCUUGUGGUACUCGGCGGCAUUUGGGUCCAACCUGAAUACGCUGCAGCGCAUGGCGCACCUCCCGCCAUCUACGGUGCGCACCCAGCAACCCAUGCUUCCACCCAUUACUGCACGCCACCCGUGCCGCAGGAAUUCUACCCUGCACCGCCCCACCAUGCAAUGCACCACCACUACACAGCCUACAACAGAGGCUCCUCACAGACUCACAGCUCGCCGGAAACUGACGGCAGGGGCGCUGGAGAACGGUCAGAGAGCAUAGAAGAGGAGGGGAAGUCGGAGAGCAGCAGCUGGAAGGGAGUAGGUGGUGGAGAGAGUGAGAAAGGAUUGCUAUCUCUGAGAGAUGAAGGAGGUGAUGAAGAUAGCAAUGGCAGUGACAUCACUCUCAAAUUCUAAGGUUUUAGGGAUUUUUUAGUCUUUUUCUCUAUUUUGUGUUGGAUUGAAAGGGUAAAAAGGGAAAGCAAGAAAAAGAGAAAGUGAGUGUUUGGUAGUUUUCUUUUCUUUGUUCUUUUUUUUUCUUUUUCUUUUUUUCCUUUUUGUUUGCUCUUUUUAUACUGACUCCGCUUGAGAAAAAUUGAAGUUUGGAUUUAUA